CUCGUAAAUAUAUUGAUGCCUUUCUGGGGGAAAACAGAAAAGAAUGGUGUGGCUUUUUGGUGUCUUGUUUUUCCCUGUUCUCUUUUUUUAUUAUACUUCUCCCCCUCUCUCUUUCUGCACAGGGUGGGUAUUCUGCUCCCUCCUUCUCUCCCUGGCAGGGCUCAUUCCAGGGCAUCCCUCGGACUGUUCCACCGCACCGCAGACAGACCUCAAGUACUACAGCCUUCCAGCAGCCUUCCCAGUUCCACAGACCUCGUCCAGGGAAAACUAAUAAAAAUGCCACAUAUCGAGGCCCCCAGUGAAUAUUCUAAACAUGGUGUGCAUGAAAAUGGCAAUCAUCAGAAUCAAAAUGCUGCAAAUAUAUCUCUGAGAAAUAGCCUGAAUGAUGUAACCACUUCAGUGAACACACAAUUAAGCAUAAAAGAUGAGAAUACAUUGUAUUUGGAAAAUGUGAAAAAUAAAUAUACUGAAGAUCCUGGGGAGGUGGCUAGUGAUAAAAAAGGUAUGUUACUGUCUUGUUCUCGUCUUCAGACCUCUACCCGAAUUGAUGCUAGAGAGGUGUGGACUGAGGUAGCUGUGAAAGGUCAAUCCUCACUCAUAUACCAGGCUUCUCGGCCAAAGACUUCAAGAAUUGCAAAGCCCCCAACUGCUUUAGUGCCUCCUACAAUGGCCGUACUCGCAAGGUCUGCAAAUCAUUCCGCUGCUUCCAAGGAACCUGAGCUUCUACCGUCAAGUAGUUCGACUCAACUACAGCCAACGUCUGGUCCGGAUGACCUGAAGGGUAAACAGAGUCAGAAAGCAUCCAAACUUCGCCCACCAACUAUAUCCUUUGUUAAAUCUAAGCAAGUGAGCAGUCAGAAAUCCACGUCGGUGUCUCAAGAGCCUCAAAGCACCAGUUUGAAAACUAACAUCCCAAAGCCACAAGUACAGAGAAAGGAAAAUGUGCAAACGCAGAACACCGCUUUGCAUUCUGGGGACAGUUUGCCCUCUAAUCGGCAUUCCCGCCUCCCUAAGCCAAAGACACACUGAGGACAUACCUACGUCUCAUUGGGUGAUGUCAUAUGUUAAAUUGCUUCCUCCGUAUUGACGGCCAUUGAGGCUGUUUCAUCUGCAGCCUGAGUGAAUAGCAAAAAGAGCGUUUUCCUUUAGUGUUUGCAUAUUCUGUUUUUUGUUCUGAAGCUCACGUUACGAGCUGUGCAGCAGUUCUUGAGAGUGUUAAAUUAUAUUGUAAUUCUGUAUUAAUGAUUGUAUUGCACAGUGAUCUUAGUACUGAAGCCUGGUGGCCGUGAAUAUCAGAAUGCUGCACUAUGUAUUCCAGGAGGGCAGAAAUGAUAUCUUACCUCUGUUAACUUGAGUAAUUAGACAAUGAAAUUACUUUUCAGUUUAACUUCUUGGUUCUGAGGACUCGUUAGGUUAGAGUGGUAGAAAGUUAGAAUUAUUAGCAGAUGUUUUGUUGGCCAUAAUUCUGACUCUGCAUUUCAGAGGCCUAUGCAAAAAUCCUCGUAUUUA